AUGUCCGCUGCGCAGGAAGAAUUCGACCGCCUCGUCCAGGCCAACAAAGACUCUUCUCGUAGUCAUCCUGAAGAUCGUCACCACCAGUCCGACAACGACUCCUCCCACUCUGACAAUCGCAAAGACGAGUACGAACUAUCCGACGCCGACUCUGACUACGCCGACCACGAAGACAGCAAGAAAUCCAGCAGCAAAAUGGUUUCGCGUACGGGUGCCUACACUGUCCCCUCGACCGUGUUCGAGGCCAACACCGGUCCCAAGGGCGUCAUCGCCGAUGCACAAUCGUUUGAGCGCGCGCGCAAACGCUCCUUUCGCCGUACCCUCCUCAGUGUCGCCGGUCUGGACUCGCAUUCGAGAAACAACCUCAAGGACUCGCAGUCGCGCAUGCAAAAGGGCGGCAGCAGCAGUCCGCCCAGCGGGGAUGAGGAGGACGAGUUCAUGCGUCGCUGGCGCGAGUCGCGCUUGCAGGAACUGCAAGACCGAAACCAGCGCAGACCAAGCCCGAGCAAGCGUGUGUAUGGCACUGUUGUCGAUGUCGAUGCCGAGGGUUAUUUGAAUGCGAUUGAGCGGGUUUCGUCCGAGACUGUCGUUGUCGUGUGCAUUUAUGAUGAUGAGUCUGCCGUCAGCGCCCAAGUCGAAGACGCUCUCGAAGCCCUUGCCCGCACACAAAUCACAACCCGCUUCAUCAAGCUGCACCACGAAAUCGCCGAGAUGAGUCACAUCGACGCCCCCGCGCUGCUGGCCUACAAGGCUGGCGAGGUGCUCGCCACCAUUGUCGAUAUUCCGCAGCACAUUCGCGACACGGAAAUCACCUCGACAGGGAUUGAAAACCUGCUCAAACAAAACCGUGUCCUCUAG